UUGUCCGCAUUAUUGGAGCAAUUUCUAGAAGGGUCUAAUUUCUCCGAUAAAACCCAUUUUUUGCUGGAGCUGCUUACAAGUUGUGCUAGGGUUUAUCUUCUUCCUUCUUCCAUAAUCUUCUAUACCAUUGGAGCCGCUUCUCUAUCUUUAUCUUCAGAUCUUUUUUCAUAGGUGUUUUCUCGAUUUUGGGUGUUUGAGGAUAGAACGUGAAAUGGCGGCAGCUCAACUCACUGGCUCCUUAAUUUCUUCGAGGAAUUUGCCUUCUUUCAAUGGGCUUCGUCCUUCUGCGGUGAAAUUCUCUCCUUCUGUAGCCCAUGUCAGAGUUGGGGGUUUGGCCAACAGAUCUUUCACUGGCUUGGUCGUUAGAGCUGCUACUGUGGUUGCUCCAAAGUACACUUCAAUCAAGCCAUUGGGCGAUAGAGUGUUGGUCAAGAUAAAGGAAGCUGAAGAGAAGACUGAUGGAGGGAUUUUACUUCCAACAACAGCUCAGUCAAAACCCCAAGGAGGGGAGGUCGUUGCAGUUGGAGAAGGCAAGACAAUUGGAAAUACCAAAGUGGAAGCUAGUGUAAAGACUGGUGCUCAAGUAGUGUACUCUAAGUAUGCUGGAACUGAGUUAGAGUUCAAUGGUUCAAAGCAUCUUAUUCUGAAGGAAGAUGAUAUAGUUGGUAUACUAGAAACAGAUGAUGCGAAAGAUCUUCAGCCCCUGAACGACAGGGUCUUGAUCAAGGUAGCUGAGGCUGAGGAAAAAACAGCAGGAGGUUUAUUGUUGACAGAGGCAACCAAAGAAAAGCCUUCCAUUGGAACGGUGAUCGCAGUUGGUCCGGGUCAUCUUGACGAGGAGGGCAACAGGAAACCAAUAUCCAUCGCAGUGGGAAACAACGUGAUGUACUCGAAAUAUGCCGGGAACGAAUUCAAGGGCAAAGAUGGUUCUGAUUACAUUGCUUUGAGGGCUUCAGACGUUAUCGCAGUGCUAUCUUAGUUGUAAAAACUUAUAUCUAGACUGUGAUUGGUUAUGUAAACCUCAUGUUUUUAGUGGUUUUGCUUUUGCUCAAAAAUGAGGAAUUGAAAUGGAUUUUGAGUCUUAGAGGAGGAUUGGAAAAGGCAGCUGAGAUGGAAAUUUCGCUAAUAACAGGGGAUUUGUUUGUUCGAUAUCAGUAAACUGUGGCCACUUUUUGACUACUUUUACUUACAUGGAUAUGCAAGUUUGAAUCUUGUGUAUUGACCA